AAAUAUAAGAUGGAAAGAGAAGGUUAUAUAUUUUGUCUCAAAAAGAAAAAGAAACCAUUCUUCUUCAGCCUUCACAAGGGCUACCUUCUUUGGCUUUAUGGCUUUUGAAAACAAAUUAUGUUACAUUCUCUGUCCAUCCUUUCUUCACUGUCUUCUUGUUUUUGUUUUCUUUCUUGUUUUACCAAUUUGUUCGUUUUCUCAGCCUUAUAAAAAUGUAACCCUAGGUUCAUCUCUCAAAGCAACUGAACAAAAUAACUCCUACUGGGUCUCCCAAUAUGGUGAUUUUGCUUUUGGGUUUCUACCAUUGAAUGGUAAAGAUUUUUUGUUGGCCAUUUGGUUCAACAAAAUUCAUGACAAAACUGUGGUUUGGUCAGCUAAUCGCGAUAAAUUGGUACCUAAAGGAUCCACAGUUCAAUUUACUAGUGGUGAUCAACUUGUGCUGAACGAUCCUGGAGGCAAUCAAAUAUGGACGCCAACUUCCUAUAGAAAUACUAAUCGUUCCGUUUCCUAUGCUGCGAUGCUUGAUAGUGGCAACUUUGUGUUGGUUGCUUCUGAUUCUGAAAUUUUGUGGCAAAGCUUCGAUGCUCCUACCGAUACAAUUUUACCAUCACAAACUUUGAAUAUGAGGGGAGUUCUUGUCGCUCGUUAUUCAGAAACCAGUUUCUCUAGUGGAAGAUUUCAACUUUUGAUGCAAACAGAUGGGAAUCUCGUGCUUUCAUCCGCUGCAUUCCCUUUCGAUACAAUAAACAUAGCUUAUUGGGCAAGUAACACUACAGGCUCUGGCUUCCAACUUGUCUUCGACCCCAUUGGUUCCAUUUAUGUCAUUGCAAAGAAUAAUACCAUUCUCACAACUGUGGUAUCAAAUAUCCAUUAUUCACCACAAAAUUAUUACCUUCGGGCGAUUCUUGAGCAUGAUGCGAUUUUUAGAUUGUAUGUUUACCCAAAGACGACAAGUAAUUCAUCUAUGCCUAAAGCUUGGACUCAAGUGUCAGACCCUGUAAACAUCUGUAUCAUGGUCAGUGAUGGUACGGGAAGUGGAGUUUGUGGCUUUAAUAGCUAUUGUAAGCUUGGAGAUGAUCAGAGGCCAUUUUGCACUUGUCCACCUGGCUAUGUUUUACUUGAUCCAAACGAUGAGAUCAAGGGUUGUAAACCCAACUUUUUUGCUCAGAGUUGCGAUCAAUCUUUUCCUGAAACAAAUGACUUUGAAUUUGUUGCUUUGGAAAAUACGAAUUGGCCUCAGGGUGAUUACGCCAAUUUCAACCCAGUAAGUGAGGAAUGGUGCAGAAAUGAAUGUUUGAAUGAUUGUUUUUGUGCACUUGCCACUUUCAGAAAUGGUGAAUGUUGGAAGAAGAGGUUUCCUUUCGUUUUUGGAAGAAUGGAUCCUAAUGUUGCUGGUGAAAAAUCUCUUCUCAAAGUCAGAAAACAAAACUCUACUUCCAAACCUAAUAAUCUUGUUCAGAAUCAAAGGAAUAAAACUACAAUAGUCGCCAUUGGAUCAAUUUUAUUAGGAAGCUCCGUAUUUCUAAAUUUCAUCUUAUUCCUUCUCACUUUAUUCAUUGGCUACCGAUUUAGAAAAAAGAAAUCAAAGGUUGUUCAAAGAGACCCUUCCAUUCUAAGUGUGAAUCUAAGGAUCUUUAGUUAUGAAGAGCUCGACAAGGCCACAAGUGGAUUCAUCCAACAGUUGGGGCAUGACUCUUUUACUACUAUUUAUAAAGGGAUUAUUAACUCUGAAGACAACAAUAACUUGGUGGCCAUUAAAAAGUUCAACAAUGUGGUGCGAGAUGGAGACCAAGAGUUUAAGGUUGAAGUGAGCGCUAUUGCCCAAACAAACCACAAGAACUUAGUUCGAUUGCAUGGUUUCUGCAAUGAAGGAGAACAUAGAAUGUUGGUGUAUGAGUUCAUGCAGAAUGGGUCUCUUGAAAAUUUCCUUUUUGGGACUUCGAAACCAAAUUGGUAUGCUAGAAUUCAAGUUGUUUUAGAGACGGCCAGAGGACUAUGUUACCUACAUGAAGGGUGCAAUAUUCAAAUCAUUCAUUGUGAUAUUAAGCCUCAAAACAUAUUUUUCGACGACUCUUAUACUGCACGAAUUGCAAACUUUGGCUUGGCAAAACUUUUGAAAAAAGAGCAAACUCGAACGCUGACAACAAUCAAAGGAACCAAAGGAUAUGUAGCUCCAGAAUGGUUUAGAAGUCUCCCCAUCACAAUGAAGGUUGAUGUUUAUAGUUUUGGGAUAUUGUUGUUGGAAAUUAUAUGUUGUAGAAGGAGUUUCGAGGAGAAAGUAGAGGAUGAAGAACAAAUGGUGCCAACAGAUUGGGCUUAUGACUGCUUCAAAGAAAGGAAAGUGAAGAUGUUAGUAGAAAAUGAUGAAGAAGCAAAGAUGGACUUGAAGAGGGUAAAGAAGUUUGUAAUGAUAGCAAUUUGGUGCAUUCAAGAGGAACCAUCCUUAAGGCCCACCAUGAAGAAAGUUUUACAGAUGAUGGAAGGUGCUAUCGAAGUCUCCUUUCCCCCUCACCCAUCUUCCUUUAUUAGUUCAAUUUCAUAAUACUUUCUUUUCUAUUGCUUACCUUAAAUUAUUUUGUCGGUCAGACUUUUUUUUUUCAAUAAUCGCGAGUUAAUAAAGCUCAAACUAUAAAAGAGAAUGGUAUUUUA